AUGCGGCUAGUAGAUAUCCAUUCCGUCCGCUUCGAGUACAACGACUACGACUACGACGACAACGCCGACGACUACGGACGGAUCAUCAUUCCUCAGUCGAGCUCAGUUUGGUUCAUUCGGUGCUCGGAAGCGGCAGUGCGGUCCCAACAUUCGCAACGCAAGCAUCGGAAGGCGGGCCAAGACGAAGACCUGCUGCUGCAGGUUCAGGAUCAGCCCAGCACUUCUUCCGCUGGUGGCGCUUCAGGAGGAGGCGGAGGCCAUUACCAGUCGGCAGCGUACCGGCAGCACCACUUUUACUAUCACACUUUGCAGCAGCACCGGCUUUGGAGGACGCAUGACGCGGUCACACUGCUCGGCUCCAAUUGGAAGGCUGCUCAAAAACUAGAACGGUGGCUUGGAAAUCAAAUCGUCACCAUGUGGAUCUCCGCAGCUUGUCUUAUUCUGGCGUUGAGCUUCACCUCAACAUCGCACGUGUUGGGCCUGGAUCAUUACUUCUCAUACAAAGAGUUCGAUUCCUACUUCCACGAGUGCGGUGAAUACUUUGAGGUGCCCAAUUGUACCUUAGACGAAUACACCGCCAAUGCUUUCCCUGACGACCCGGAAGUUCGGAGGCUGAUACACUGCACUAUGGUAAUUUUCAAAGGAUGGCAGGACGGAUUGGGUGUCGUAGAGUCCGUCAUGUCCGACUUCUUCAAUCCUGCUCCGGAAGACACCUGCUACGCUGACAGGACUCGAGAUUGCAUUCAAAACUCCCAAGCACCAUGUGACAGUAAUUCAACGCUUGCCUACAAGGCCUUCCAAUGUUACUUCCGUCAGUACGGAAACCUUAACCAGAGCCGUCAGUUCAUGCCAUACACUCUCCGCGAAGAGCAGGUGUUGAUCGAGACUGCGAUCGCCAUCGUUAACGUACCAAAGGACGAACUAGUGAACUACAGCAACGGAAUUCUACUAGAUCAACCACACUUUGCGGAUGUGAUCUACGUAGUUUUCGUCCGAGGGGGUUUCUAUGAUGUUGUCCAAGGACUUUCCCUUGACAAUCUCUACACGCAGUGUGGAAAGCCUGAGCUGCUGACCGCAGAAACUCAACAAUGCGUGGACGCAGCUACGUCCGCUUGGGAUGGUAAAAGUCGAAAGGAUUUGGUUUAUGCUUACUUCGUGAACUGCCUGCAAAAUGUUAUAACGUUUGCACAACGGAUCCAGGAGGUGGCGACCUAUUUGGUGGCGGUUCCACCAUCACCUUGCCCUCCAGCACCGAGCACCCCAUGUCCAACGACUACGACGACUACCACCACAACUCCACCACCUCCCAGUACGGUUCCCCCGUGCUACAAUGUAAGAAACUGAGCCGUUGGUGUUCUGACGUUUAAAUAUUUUUAAAUAAAUAUGGAUAAUUGAAAUUGAAA